CCGCCCGCACUUGGCGCACUUGGGUCACUAGGGGCACUAGGAGCACUUGGUGCACUUGGAGCACUUGGAGCCCUAGGGGCGCUGGGAGCGGCCAUGGCGCUGUCUCGCGCCGAGCGCUGCCUGGCGCUGCUUCUGCGGCUGCUGUCCCGAGCCUGCCUGGCGCUGCUGGGGCUGGCCGCCCCCUCGCCGCCCCGCUCCGUGCCCCCCCCGCGCCGCUCGCUGCUGCUGCUGCCAGCCCGGCAGCUGGCCAAGAAGCUCCGGCAGAGGGAGGUGGGCACCCCGGGGUGCUGGGUGACGUGCGUGGAGGUGGUGGAAGCCUACAUCGAGAGGAUCAAGGAGGUGAACCCGCUGAUCAACGCCGUCGUCAAGGACAGGUUCGAGGAGGCUCUGCAGGAAGCCCGGCAGGUGGACAAGCUGCUGGCAGAAGGUCCCGGCGAUGACUACCUGGAGGAGAAGUUCCCCUUCCUGGGGGUGCCCAUCACCGUCAAGGAGGCCUUCUCGUUGCAUGGGAUGCCCAACACCUCUGGCCUGGUCAACCGCCGCGAUGUCAUUGCCACCUGCGAUGCCACCGUGGUGUCACGGCUGAAGCAAGCCGGUGCCAUCCCCCUGGGGGUGACCAACUGCAGCGAGCUGUGCAUGUGGUACGAGUCCAGCAACAGGGUCUACGGCCGGACCAACAACCCCUAUGACCUGCAGAGGAUCGUGGGGGGCAGCUCAGGAGGGGAGGGUGGCGUCCUUGCAGCCGCCUGCUCGGUGAUAGGUGUGGGCUCCGACAUCGGCGGCAGCAUCCGGAUGCCGGCUUUCUUCAACGGCGUCUUUGGCCAUAAACCCACCACAGGAGUGGUCCCCAACGACGGGCAGUUCCCCAUCGCACAGGGGGUGCGCACCAGCUUCCUCUGCACCGGGCCCAUGUGCCGCUACGCCGAGGACCUGGAGCCGAUGCUGCGGGUCAUGGCUGGCCCUGGAGUCCACAAGCUGAAGCUGAACGAAAAGGUGUCUCUGGAGAAAAUCAGGUUUUUCUGCAUGGAUCAUGACGGCGGGUCCGUUUUUGUGUCGCCUGUGGACAAGGAGAUCCUGCAGGCCCAGAAGAAGGUGGUGGAGUACCUCGAACGCGAUCUGGGGGUGCAGGUGCAGCGCGUGUCCGUCCACAAGAUGAAGUACUCCUUCCAGAUCUGGUCGGCUAUGAUGUCUUCCAAGGACAGCGACGGGCAGGAUGCGCAGCUCUUCACGGACCUGCUCGGGGAUCACGGGAAGCCGGUGUGGCCGCUGUGGGAGCUGAUGAAGUGGCUGGUGGGGAUGUCUUCUCACACCCUCCCGGCCAUCGCCCUGGGGCUGACGGAGAAGCUGGUGAAACUCAACCGCGGCGCUAACGCCAAGCUGGUGAGCAUGGGGAAGAGCCUGCAGGCUGAGAUGGAGAGCUUGCUGGGGCCAGACGGAGUGCUCCUCUACCCAUCCCACCCCACCGUGGCUCCACGGCACCACUCCCCGCUGUGCAUGCCCUUCAACUUCGCCUACACAGCCAUCUUCAACGUCCUGGGCUUGCCCGUCACACAGUGCCCGCUGGGUUUGAGCAGCGAGGGCUUGCCGCUGGGCAUCCAGCUGGUGGCUGCAUCCUACAAUGACCACCUGACGCUGGCGGUGGCCCGCUACCUGGAGGAGGCUUUUGGAGGAUGGGUGCUGCCUGGCAAAGCUUAGCCCGGCCUCCAGGAGGCAGGGACAGAGGUGGCCACGCUGGGAAAGGCGGCGGCAGGCGCUGAUGUCCUGCCACUGCCUUCUGCCUCCGUGCUUGGAGCAUCCUGCCCGCGUCCAGCCCGUGUCCUCCUGGGCGGGGGGGUGCCCGUCCCUCCGUAGCGCCUGCUGCUUUGAAGACGCUGUGUGAAGGCGAGGGAGAGGAGGCUGGAUAGGGCACGGGUGCUGCAGAACUGUCUUCAUUCUCCUUGGCCUCUCCCUACCCAUGGCUUGGGCUGCUCGUGGGCACCCCAGAGGCGUCCUGGUCCCCGCAGCCUCCGUGAUGUGCUGCAGGGCGUCCCCCCCCCAGCCGGCAAGCAACGCAGGAGGUGAUGCUGGCAGUGGCUGUGCACAGAAGGGACCGAGCAUUUGCUCUCGUGAGCCUUUGACAGCACUGAAGAGCUUUUUGGCUGCAGCUCUCUGCGUGCUGGGAUGGCUGACGCGUCUCCUGCCCACAGCUUCUUGGGAUCACCCAGCCUGAUCGGCGUCCCGUGCUCCAGCCCUCCAAGGUGCCCGCUGCCUGGCCGUCCCCCAUGAGUGACACGGGCAGAGAUUUGGGCCGGGGGGGGCUAUGGGGCAAUAAGUGCGAGGUGUUCUCAAUGAGGAUAACAUUAAAGAGUUUGUCUGCCCGGUGCCUGCGUGUCCUUGUCCCUGCAGCCCUGCUGGUGUGGUGUCGGUGACAGCCUCGUCCCCAAGGAGCCCACCUCAGGCUGCAGCUGCUGCUUGCUUUGCAGGGGUCGCACAGUGUGGUCCUCUGGCAGAGCAUCAGCCUGGUGCUCGUCCUCCUGCUCCCUUGGGGUCCCGCUGUUUGGAGGGUGUCCUGUGGGUGCCAACCAGCAGCAUCUGCACUGGGUGAUGCCCGAAGGCUUAAAACCCAGGGAGGCGCCGAUUUGGGGAACAGCUUGCAGAGGGCACUGCUGAGCCAGCUGAGAGCCUGGUGGAGCCUGCAGCAAGGUAACCGAGUCAAGGAGGAAGGAAGAGAGAAGAAACCUGACCCAGGGGUAAAAAAAAAAAACACCCACGAACCACCAAAGCAACAUCACGUGUUGUGCCCUGGAACGUCUCUGUUGGCUUCCAAGUGCAGCUGGGUCGGGCACGGAGGACGCAACCGGUGGCUUGUCCCCUGCGAGCAGGUGGCCAAAACGGUGGGCAAGCGUCUGGAGAUACUUCCAGUGGGAGCUCAGAGCAUCUCAAAGGCUAACGUGGGGUUUUGGAGCUGGACUAGACCUGGGCUUGGAGUCCAAAGCUGUUUGCUGCAAGGCAUUCCCACCACAGCAGGGCGCAAAUGGGCAGCUGCACGGCUGAAGGUCCUGGCUGCCCGGCGUGGCCACGGGUGGCCAAAGUGCUCGAGCACACGGCGGGAUGCGGCGCGGCGAUGUAGAGCAGAUGGCUGAGGGAUGAGCCCGGCGCUGAGCCUGCUGCUGUCACUGGCUGGCUGCACCCUGCUCCAGGGCUUGCCGUUCCCACCCCAGGACGUGAGGCUGGAAGCCCAAAAUUUCCACGUGCAGCUGUGGUGGGAGCAGGACCCGCGCACCCAUGGCGAGGCCACGUACCAGGUGGAGUGGAAGAGGCGAACCUCCAGUUGGACCAGGGCAGACUGCCUCCUGGGGGAACCACACGGGCUCGUCCUGGGUGUGCCAGCUGUAUUUCGGCGAGAUCUACGAUAUCUACUGGGCGAGAGUGAGAGCCGCCGAGGGCGGCGAGCUGUCCCCGUGGGUCUAUUCCAACGAGCUGCAGCCAUACAGAGACACCAUUGUGGGCCCCCCCACGUUGUCCUGGCUGUUCCAGGGCCACAGCCUCAGCAUCAACGUCAGCGUGCCGCUCACCCCGUUCCGCAGCAAGAAGGGCUCCUACAAACCGGUCAACAAAGUGCUGCUCAAGCUGUGGUACUGGCUGCACCUCUACGACGGGGAGGUGCUCACCCAGCAAGUGCGUGGCAGGGGGGGGGGGACACAGGCAAAAAGGGCACGGGGCAUGCAGAAGUUCCCUGGUGCAACGGGGAUGCUUUGGAGCCCGCACCCCAUUGCGCAAAGGGUGGUAGCGGAUACGAGGGGGCUGAUGGUUUGCACCCCCCCCAAAAUCAGGGGGUGGAAGGGGACCCCUUUUCCUCUUCUGGCUUGCAGGCGUACUGAAAAAUGAACAAUUUGGGGAUGGAAACACGGGGAUGGGGGGGGUCUUUGCACAGGCAACGACGCUCGGUGCCUCGGCCACGCGUCCCCUCGGCUUGCAGGUGCCCUGCAGGCGGAGCGGGAGGGGAGCACCCUGCACCUUCAGGCACCUGAAGCAGAGCACGCGGUACUGUGUGCGCACCAUGGCCGUGGGCACGGCCCCCGAACGCAGCCGGGAGGCUGAGCAAUGCCUGCUGACCCCGGCAGCUCCUGCAGCAGGCUUCCCCUGGGUCCUCCUCGCUGCUGCUGAACGCCACCUUCCUGCUGCUGAGCGUGGCCGGGCUCUGCCUGCUCCAUCUGUACAUCUCCCCGAAGCCCUCGGAGAUGCGCCUCCCGAAAACGCUGGCCCCUCUGGACAGGAGCAGCGGGGUGCCCACCCUCGUGCCGCGGGAGGAUGCGCUCGCCCUGCUGCUGCCUGCUGGAGAGGAGCCGGCAGCGCCUGGAGCCCCACCACAACCCAGGGCGAGGCGUCCCCAAGAACCGAGUGGUUACUGCCCCAAUGGGUUUGGGACGUCCCGUCCCGAGGGAUGGGACACGUCCUGCACCCACAGCCAGCCCGGGCAGGCGCUGGGCACCUGGGCAUCGCUGCGGCUGGAGGAGGAGGAGGAGGAGGAGGAGGAGGAGGAGGAGGAGGAAGAGGAGGAGGAGCGUGAUGGGGAUGCCGCGAUGCCAUCCACUGACAGCAGCACGAGAGAUGGGGACUAUGGGACAUCCGAGACGUGGCUCCCCCUGCGCCUCCAGCUUUAUUCCAAGUGCCCGUGGGCAGCUCCAGGAGCGGCCGUCAGCCUUCGUCCCUCCCUGCAAACCAUCAGCUUCAGCCCUGGGGAGCUGCAGGAGAGCGGGGCCGGGUGCUGGGUGCCCCUCAGCUCUGUCAAGCUGCCGGUCAGCAAAGAGGAGGACGAGGAGCAGCUCCCCUGUGCUGUCCCCCCCCCGAGGACCGAGCUGCAGCCGGGGGACAGUGGCACGCAGCGGGGUGACACGGGGCGGGCAGCACCAGGCUGCCCCUGCCCGGUGCCCCUCGGCACGUCCCACGUGGGCACACUCCGUGGACAGGUGGCAGCAACGUCCUCAGAGCAUCCCUCCAUGGUUUUGGGGGCUUCUGAGGCAAAAUGUGAGGAAUAGGAGCCCCGGCUGAACCCCCCCCACCUUUAUCUAUUUAUCCACCUACAGAAGUGUGUGCGCACUGAUGCCUCUCUCUGUAUCCAAAUGUCUCUUUUAUUAGAGGAGAUUAAUUUUAUUUUUUUUAAUCCUGUCUGGAUAGACUGAUUGCGCCCAGUUAUUUUUGAAUAACACUAAUUUAUGA